UCUCAAAUAAGGCUGGCUCAUGGAAUAAAUAAUAAUAAUAAUUAUAAUUAUGAUUAUAAUAUUAUCGUCGCUUGAGAUCUCUACUCAAAACUCACCCCCGAUCAGGUCGCUGCCUUCCCCUGAUUGUUUUGCCGCGGCGGAGUCCAGCGGCUGGAACCAAGAGGCUUAUCCGUUCGAUUGUGCAUCACUUGUGGAAGCUAGUAUGGAAAUUGGACAGAUUAUGGAGCUUGACUUACAUGAGACCCAAGGAAAGGUUGGGGAUAUCAUUAGUGAUCACGCGAAGGAAGUCUUCAAGAGAAAGCUGCGGAAGCCGAGGACUAGACUGGAAUUGGAAAUUAGAAGGCUUGGCCCCCUCUGCUCUCCCCCUUCGGGUCCUAGGAAUCGUAGAUUGCAAGGUAGCGGAGAUACCUCACCUGUGUUUUAAUGGGUACAUCGGUAAUUGUCUGGAAUGUUAGAGGAUUGUGCGAUCCUGAGAAGAGAGGCAGAAUUAAACGCUUAAUUGGCAGGAAAAAACCAGCUGUGGUCGGGCUGACAGAAACCAAAUGGAGACAGUGUACGAACGAUCUUGUGACUAGCGUCAGUGGGAACAGAGAUACAGGGUGGAUUGCUAAAGAUUCUGAUGGCAGUUCUGGAGGCAUCGUGGUGUUUUGGGAUAAAUCGAGAUUUCAAGUCUGCUCUAGUUUUGUGGGAAGGUUUUUUGUGGGCAUCGAGCUGAAGCAGAAUUCUGGGUUGGGCUCUUGGUUCCUGGCUGUUGUGUAUGGACCGCAAGAGAGGGCUGAGAAGUUGGCUUUCCUUGAAGAUCUCAAUAACUUUUGUCAGCAAGUGUGUGUUCCGAUUUGCAUUGCAGGUGACUUUAACUUAGUAAGGAGCCAUGAUGACUACAUGGGGUCGAGAAGGGGUGAUGAGCUCAUGAAUGAAUUCAAUACGCUGAUCAAUUCUCUGGCUCUGCUGGAGUUACCUCUGGGUGGUAGCAACUCUACGUGGAGCAGAGGAGGAAUCGACCCUGUUAUGUCGCGUAUUGAUCGUGCUUUUGUGAGUACUGAUUUUGACACUCUUUUUCCAGAUUGCACUCUGUCUGCCCUUGAGAGGGUUGAAUCCGAUCACAAUCCGUUGUGGAUCAAGUGGGGGGAUGACAGGAGGAUUAGGAGACCAUGGAGAUUUGAGAACAUGUGGUUAAUGGAUGACAGAUUCUUUGCCAGCCUUGAGACUUGGUUGCAGGAACCGGUGGUUGGGGUUGGGAGUGUUUUCCUUCUGGCUAGGAGGCUGCAGCAGCUCAAACAGAGGAUCAAGGUCUGGAACAAGGAGGUUUUUGGAAAUGUUAAUGUGAAAGUUGAUGAUCUGUUAGAGCGCAUUAAGGCUUUUGAUCUUUUAGAAGAAAAUGGUCAGCUUAACGACUCUGAAGGUGCCGAGAGAGAAGUGCUUAGAGGGGAGCUUCAGUUCGCCCUCAAUCUGCAGGAAAUUAUGUGGAGGCAGAAGUCUAAUGAGCUGUGGUUAAAGGGUGGGGAUCUCAAUACUAAGUUCUUCCACAGAGUUGCGAACUAUAGGCGCAAAUUCAACUUCAUUGAGAGCAUCAAAGUCAAUGGCAGGUUAAUGGAGGGGAGGGAGGAGCUCGCUAGUGGCGUGGUUAGUUUCUAUCAAAACCUUUUCAAGGAGACCUUGGCCUUCCGUCCGUUUCCUAAGAACUAUUGCCCUCAGCAGCUCAGCGCAUCCACCGUCUCUGAUUUGGUUAAGCCCUUCUCGGAAGCAGAAGUCUGGGCUGCUCUUGUGUCUUUUGAUGGCGGCAAAUCCCCGGGGCCGGAUGGGUUCACAUUUGAAUUUCUCAAGAAGUGUUGGUUCCAGAUGCGCAUGAAUUUGAUGCAGGCUUUUGAAGAGUUCCACAGGACUGGUUCCCUUCCCAAAUGCGUUACACAUUCCUUUAUAUGCCUUGUCCCUAAAAAGGACUCUGUUGAGGAUGUGAAAGACCUGAGGCCCAUUAGCCUCAUGGGUAGCAUCAAUAAACUCCUAAGUAAAGUGUUGAUGGAAAGAAUGGGCUCUAUUCUCCCUUCGCUUGUCUCGGAUUAUCAACAUGCAUCAGUUCGCGGGAGGCAAAUCUCGGAAGCAGGAUUGAUUGCGAACGAGAUCAUUGAUAGCAGGAGGAAGAGCAAUAAACCUGGCCUGAUGUUUAAGUUGGAUCUUGAGAAGGCCUUUGACAAUGUUAGUUGGGAUUGUCUGUUUAAGAUCUUGUCUAACCUCGGUUUUCCGCAGAAAUGGCAGAACUGGAUUAGGGGGGCUAUGUGUUCUCCGGUUUUGUCGAUCCUUGUGAACGGGGAGUCCCAUGGGUUCUUCUCUAGUUCCAAGGGCCUUAGGCAAGGCGACCCCCUCUCGCCGGGUCUUUUUGUCUUGGUGAUGGAUGUGCUCUCCUUCAUGUUGGGAAAGCUUCGGGAGAAAGGGAAAUUUAGAGGUUUUUUCAUUGAUGAGGAGCAGAAUAGGGGAGAGGUCACUCAUCUCCUCUUCGCUGAUGACACGCUGAUCUUUUGUGAAGCAGAGCCGGAUCAAGUUUUGAGCCUCCUUGGUACCCUGGUGUGCUUUCAAGCGGUCACAGGUCUUAAGGUUAACCUGGAUAAAUCUAUGAUGUACACAGUUGGUGAGGUGCCUGAGCCGAGCUUCUUUGCCGAUAUCUUUGGAUGCAAGUGGAGCCGUGACACAUCUAAAUACCUUGGUUUCCCGCUGGGAGCGAGACCCAACUCGAUUGCUGUUUGGGAUCCGGUUAUUAAUAGCGUGCAGCAUCGACUUGAAGGAUGGAAGGGGAAAAUGUUGUCUUUUGGGGGUCGUCUCACGCUUAAUAGCAGUUGUCUCAAUAGCCAGGUUGUGUACUAUUGCUCUUUGUUUCUAGCUCCAAAGACGGUUAUGGACAGGAUUGAAAAGUUGCAGAAGAGAUUCAUUUGGAGCGGCACCGGUGAAAAGCAGAAGUUUCAUCUGGUUGGUUGGGAUUUAUGCAAAGCCACUAAGAAGAACGGGGGUAUUGGGGCGCUCGAUUUCGAAUCUUUCAAUCACGCCAUGCUGUGCAAAUGGAUGUGGAAGUUUGCUGAAGAUAGAGGAAGAUGGUGGAGGGACCUGAUUGAGAUUAAGUACUCUAACGGGGUCUCUUUGUGGCAUACUGGUAAGAGAAGAGAGGGGAGAAACAGCUCAGUUUGGGUGAACAUUUUGAGAAUGUUUGAUACUUUCUGGAAACAUGUCUGCAUUGAUCCGGGUGGAGGUGCUUGGGUCUCGUUUUGGCAUGACAGCUGGAUCCCGAAGACCAUUCUUGCUGAUUCCUAUCCGCGUAUCGCUGCUGCCGCCCUUAGUCCCGAUGCUUGGAUCUCGGAUAUUGUUCAUCGUUCAGGUGAGAGUCUUACUUGGGAUAUCAAUUUAAAUGUUUCACUUCGAGGGGGGGCUGAGAGGGAGAGAGUCUGUUUGAUAGAGUUCUUAAAUUCUCAUGCUGUUGAGAGGUUGGGUUUUGGUCCCGCUCGCAUUGAGUGGCUGCCAAACCCGGAUACCGUCUUGUCUGUUCGCUCUUUGUACAGGUGUUUGACGGCUGCCCGAUUCCCUGGUGUGUCGCAGUUUCCGGCUAAGGCAGUUUGGAAGUCUGUCGUCCCGUUGAAGAUUUGUGGUUUCCUCUGGAUCUGCUUUCACCAGAAGAUCCUCACCAUCGACAAUUUGAAGCGAAGGGGAUGGGCUCUUGCUAACAGGUGCGAGCUGUGUCAGAAGGAAGAGGAGUCUGUCAGCCACAUUUUUGUGGAUUGCGACUUCACCAAGCAAGUCUGGAAUGGCGUCAUUUCUUGCUGCCCGCUCGAGCGAGUUCCGAGCAAUGACAUUACCUCCACCAUCAGGAAUUGGCCUUCGGACAUUCCGGACUGCAUCGAGGGAUGGAUUUCUUUCUGCAGCCUUCACGCUAUUUGCUGGACGGUUUGGAGGGAGAGGAACAGGCGUAUCUUCGACCUUUCAAGGACCGCGCAUGGUGUUCUGUCUAAGAGAGUCGUCAGGACGAUUGUUGAGUGGGUGAUUGCCAAAGGGAAGGUCGACAAGGGCUCCGGAUCUGCCUGGUUGUCUUCCGUUCUUCUCUCCUGAUGGCUUUGUUGCAGCUGCCUCUUCUGAUGGCUUUGUUGCAGCUGCCUUUUCUGGGCUGUGCUCUCCGCCGGCGGCCUUCCUCGGGGCUGGGCGCUUGCCGGGCUCUGGUAGUCACGAUCUUAUUGUCCAGCUCUUAUCCUGAUUCUUGAGCCACUUCCGUUGGUCCCCCUGGCCGGUUGGGACGCCUUUCUUCUUGUCUCUUUUUUCUUCCUUUUCUUUUCCUUUAUUUGUUUCCGGGUUUGGUCUCUUCCUGCCGAUCCCCUGUCACUUCUUGUGACUUUCAGGCUUGGACCUCUUCUUUAUUGUGCCAGACUCUCUCUUCCAUUUAUUAAUGCAUAUCACCAUUAUCAAAAAAAAAAAAAAAAAGGUGACCAGCAUGAUAAUUUCAAACUAAGAUGCACAUGACUCAUGUGACAGUAUGAUAAUUGUCAUAAACCAAUUAGUUUAAAUAAUUUAAAUUAUUAAGAGAAGGCUGAUUUAUGUAGGCCCGUUUCAGUUGGACGCUAUUGGGUUGCAAGUAGUGACGGAACUAGUUUAUGUUCAGAAGGGGUUAUAGCCUAUAGGUAGGAAUGGCAAUGGGGCAGGUCCGGGGCGGGUAUCUCGAUACACAUACCCGCCCCAUGGCAGGUCGGGUAAUUUAUCACGGGGCGCGGGUCGGGGCAGGUCGACCCAUUGGGUAUGUAAUUUAUGCGAAAAACAUUAGAAACAUUCGUUAUUUUCAUUAAAAGACCAAGAAAGAAACCAUAAUAUGAUAAAAUGUAGUUAAAUUAUUGAAGAAAUUGAGGUUUUCACUUAUUUACAACUUUAUUAUAGCUAAAAUAUAAUGUAAUAAGAGGAAAAUCCUAAGUAAUUUGACUAAUAUUAUAUGUAAUAAUGGCAAGAACGGGUCGAGAAUGGGGCGGGUCAGAGCAGGUCGGGUCGAUGAGAGGUACCCAUGCCCGCCCCGAACCGCCUACGGGGCGGGUUUGACCUGCCCCAAAACAGGUCAAACAGGUCGGGUAAAUCGGGUCAGGUCGAAAUUGUCAUCCCUACUAUAGGGAAUGCGUUAGGGUGAUUACUCAAAAUAUUGAGUAACCACGAUGGCUACUAUCUACACUUUUAAUUAUCUUUAUUUCACCCUAAUUUUAAAUUGAUGGUGUAGAUUAGAUUAAGGGUAAUUUUGAGAAUAAAAAAAUACCACACCUGAUUUCUAUCCUUUAAAGAUUUAAUUUCUAUAUAUUAUAUCUAAACCCUACUUCAAGUCCAUUCUCCAUCGCCGUCAACACCUCCCAUAUCGGUUGUUCCCUUUCUCCGUUCGCAGCCACUCUUGACCACCGCCCAACUGUCGGCGGCCAACCCUCCGGCUACCCGCUGGUCUCUCUCUCUCUCUCUCUCUCUCUGGGUGACGGUCAUGGUGGAGGGAUGAGAUGGUGACGGCAAUUUCCUUCCCUCCCUAUCUCUAUCCACCGUGUGUAUAUAUAUAACCUAGAUUUUUGUUUUGUUUUGGUAGUGGUUCGUUGUUUGUUUUAUGAAACGGUGUAGUGUUGUUUUUUGUUUUGUCUCAUUGGUAUUGUGUUAUCGCGUUGGUAUUGUUUUUGGCGCAUUGGUAUUGGUUAAAUUUGCAAAGCUAUUGAUGUUUCGUUAAAUGGUAGUGUUUCUAUUUCUCGAAUGGUAUUAGUAUUUUGUGCAAUGGUAGUAUUUUGUAAUGGAUUGGUAUUGAUUUAUGUUUUGUUGUAAUGGUAUUGAUGUUUUGUUAAAUGGUAAUGUUUUUAUUUCUCUAAUGGUAUUAGUGUUUUGUCGCAUUGGUAUUGAUUUUGUUGCAUUGGUAUUGUUUAUGUCGCAUUGGUAUUGAUUAUCAUGUAAUGGUAUUAAUUUGUAUGUAUUGGUAUUGAUUAAAUCUGCAAUGGUAUUGAUUUUUUUGAAAUGAUAUAGAUUUAUAUUGGUAGAUUGUUUAUAUUGGUAGUUUUCGUGUAAUGGUAUAGAUUUUUUCUGCAAUGGUAUUGAUGUUUUUCAAAGUGGUAGUGAUUUCGUUUUUUUUUCUUUUGCAGAAAGAUUGAGAAAAAUAAGGAAAUGAAAUCUGUCUGGAGAUUACGGAAGUGAGAGAAAGAGAAAGAAUCGUAAUUAAUAGAUUUUUAUAACUAACUAAAUUGUAAUUUAUUAAAAAAAUUAAUUAAUACAAAUUAUUUUUUCUAUACCCAAUUUACCCUUAGUAACUAUGGUGAUUACUACUUUAAUAGUCCUCUCCAUGCAUUACUACUUUGUAGUAAUCACAGAUAGAUUUAUUAUUAUUAUUAUUAUUAUUAUUAUUAUUAUUAUUAUUAUUAUUAUUAUUAUUAUUAUCUAGUCUGUCUUGACAUCCACGAGUGAGAGUGUCGUAAUAUAUUGUAACUUCCGCUGCACUUGUCUGACUUGUCGCGUCGAAGAUAUGUAUGAAAGAAAAAUAUAAUACCAACGUCCACAAAUUUUGAAUCGUCAACCAUAAAUACGUUGUCAAAAAAAAAAACCAUAAAUACAAUAAUUUAAUUCAUUAAUGAGAUAAAUGUGUAAGAGAUUCCCUGAAACGGGCAAAGAAAGAUGCAGGUCGGCCAGCCUGGCCAUUUCUCAUUUUUUCGUAUAUAAACCAAAAUGAUAGCAAACAAAAUGAGGAAUUUAUAAUUGAAUUUAGUCGGCGUGAAAGUCCAACCACCCCAUCUUGCCUCAUAUGGAGUUAUAAUGAUUUAAUUAUGGGAACAAGAUAGGUUACAAAGUCAUAUGUUAUAAAUUUUUGAAUCUUUAUUUGUUCGUUAAUUUUGAUAUGGACGAUGCAUAUAUAACUCAGAUAGAGAUAGGAAGGGGCAAUUAGUCUGAUACUUUAAAGUUUCAACACAAUGUUGUUGUUAUUAUUAUUAUUAUUAUUUUCUGUAAUUUCAUACAAGAGAGGAAGAGACGGUUGACCCGAAAAAUCUAUUUUUGUAAUCUUUAUUUUUCUUAAUUGGGGUUAUAUCUCUUUUAUUUCGGCUCAUAAUUUAAAAGAUAUUACAUUACAAAGAACGCAUUAGAUCGACUCAAUAAUAUCUACGUUACUACAGUUUGAUCAAAAAAACACACCAUUUUUUAUAAGGGUGACCUCGUUUUUAUUUAUUAAAAUUAAUUUUGGAGCAUUAUAAUGUAUGCUAUGACUGGAAAACACUUAUAGGAGAGCAACACCAUACAAUUAAACAAAUUCCCCUAUUAGAGCUGCAAAUUCCUCUAUUGAGCAAAAAAAUCUCUUCAAAACA